AACAGUGACCGCCUAAGCUAGAACAUUUUCCCGGUGACGCUGCCUAACGAUAUAUCUCCGCUACCAUGGCGGGAACAUCUCUCUGGGACUACAUCUUCAUUCGCGCAUCCAUAUUUCUCUUACACCUUAUCGCACCACUUAGCGUUACUUAUUCAUUAGUCAGCCUACUAGCCUGCCUUCCAUUUCAGUUCCCGCGAGUACUACAGGCUUGGCUCUCUCUGGAGGCUCUUUUCUAUUUGGCUAUCUACCUACCGCUGAAUAAAUACCACCAGAGGGCCGCAAAACACCCCGUCCCGCCCUGCCGCGCCGAUCGUCGGAAGUUAUUCCUAAAAUGCCACAAUAAUAUUCCCGACCCGGCUCAGUACCUAAGAAAAUGGUUCCGGAAUGCGCCAGUUUCCGAGAUUAAGCGCGAUAAUGUCAAGGACUUCUUCCGGUGGGCAUUCUUAAACACAGGAGACCAUGACUCGACCUAUGACGAGGAAUUAGAAGAGUAUACUCAAGAGAUAGAGAAGCUGCUAGGCAAGAAGCUAGAGCCUGGCCGCGGAAACGCUAAAUGCCUCCGGUUGACUCUCGAGAAGGUAGAGAUGUUGCAUCGGAGCUUAACGUGGUAUCUAUGCGUGUUUGUUGUCGAUACCAUAGCGUCUAUCUCUUUACGAUACCACUCGUUCAACUUUCAUCGCACGUCGUUUUCGCAGUUUCUUACUACCUUUCCCCUACGUCUUUUCACUCUGUUUGCGACCUGCACCUCCCAUGCUAACAGGCUUACUUACUGGCACCGUCCCCAUACGUCCAAGACAAGGCUGCCUAUUCUAUUCGUUCACGGCAUCGGCGUGGGGCUUUACCCAUACAUAAACUUCUUAGCCGACAUCAAUGCCCAUGAUGCCGGGAAUUCUUCAGAUGGGCAGGUUGGCAUCAUCGCUAUAGAAAUUAUGUCGGUAAGCUCUAGGAUAACAUACGAGGCAAUGCUGAAAGACGAAAUGUGCGAUGAGAUUCGGCGCAUAUUGACCGCACAUGGGUGGGAAAAGUGUGUCUUGGUAACACAUUCAUAUGUAGACGGCCAAGUCAACCUAAUGAGUAUCUACUCUCCUACUUUGGUUCCAAGGAUAUAGGCAUAGCUCAUACGCUAUUCCGCCGUUUCUUCUGGGCUGAUAACUUAUUGUGGAAGGAGGAUAUCCGAGAUCAUCCCGUGACUGUGGUCUUGGCCGGCAGAGAUAGUGUGAUCGACACCAAAGCAAUACGGGCAUAUUUGCUGGGGUCAGACAAUUGGAUCUUAGAAACUACGGACUUAAUGGAUCUCGGUCAGAAAGGUGAUAGAUUGGAUGUGAUCUGGUUUCAAGAUCUGGACCACGGCCAGGUCUUUGAUGAAAAGAGGACGAGAAGCAGUCUGGUUGAGAUUGUCUGGACGUUUUGCAAGAAGUAGCCGACACAAUUCGUCCUAAUUUACAGUGGUAGGUUGAAAUGAGGUCAUCGAAUAUGAUGAGCAAGUUCUCCCGC